GGAAGGUAGUCAUGCAUGUAGGAAAUUCUGAUGGUCAGUAGUCAGGAACUCCUCGUCAAGUCAGCAGUCCAAGAGAACAAUCAUCAGAUUCGUUAGGAAGUGGAGCAGGAAGAUCUGACAAUAAUUGGGGACAUGAUCAACAACAAGCUUUUCAGCAGAGCUGUAUGCCAGAGCUGUAUGGAAGAGCUGCGCCAAAGAAUCAACACUAUUAAAGAUGCAUGGAGCCAGAUUAACAAUGGUCAAAAUAAUAAUAUUGAAGACUAUACAAUCAUCAACAAGCAUACAGAUAAGUACAACUCUGGAAUGUUUGCUUUUAAAGAUGCAGAAUCUAUCAUACAAAACUUGCAGGGCAAAAGUGUAAAUGUACGAAACCAAAUACGAAAGCUAUUUAAACAGGACACUUAUUACUCUUCUCUUAAAGAGGAUAGGAAAAAGCUUGUGAAACAACUAGAGGAGAAAAACAAAAUGGAAAAUAAGAUAAAAGUGUGCUCAGAGCUUUUUAACAAUUUAAAUUUAAACCAAAUGAAAAUUGAAAAAUUCUCUUACGAAAACGUAAACGUGUUUCUAUUCUUUCUAGAAGCAAUUGCAUUAGAAGACUCGCCUCAUUUAAGUAAAGAUUAUCUAGAAAAGAUCAAAAACGAAAUUAUUGGAAGUGACAAUUUAGCUUUGGCAAAGACAAUACGGAACGACCUGUUUCUACAUUGUAAUUAUGAGAGAGUAGUAGAAAAAGUUAAUCUUGACCAAGAAAUGGCGAAGCUUUUUAAAGCCAAUAUUAGCUGCAGAACUUUUUUUCGAAGGUUAAGAUAUUACGUGAGUCAAGUUGAUGGAAAGCUCAAAUCUGAUAGAGUGCAAAGUUAUAGCGUGCAACUCGAUCAUGAGCCUAAAAACUUUCUAAAAACAAUAAAUGAGAUAGAGGACAUGCAAACUACACAAUGUUUUGGUAGAGUCUUGAAUAGCGAUAAAAUACAGGGAAAAUUAUCGAAACUGUUUAAAAACUGUAUAAAGCAAAUUGGGAAUAAACCAAACGUAGCAAAAGGGGAAGAAAUAAUGUUUAAUCUUACUGUAAACAUUAUGCCUAUUUUGGGAAAGAUGUAUUCUGAAUCACGAAAUAAAUUGAGCGUUAAGGGAUUGGAGGAAAUAAGAAAAUUUAGAAAUGAAUUUUUUCAUAAUUUUCACGCACAUGGUGAUAGUUCUCUACAAAGGAAUUUGAUACUAAAACAGGGAAUACACAAGUUACUAGAUUACUUUUUUAAGUACUACUUUAGCCGAAAAGUCUUCAAAGAAUUCAAGAACCUAACUCCUGCUUGUUCUAGUCAGCAAACAAUUGAGCAAAAAAUCUCAAAGUUAUUACAACGUACCCAGGACAAUUUUAAGAAAUAUUACCUUGCGAAUGAAAGUAAUAAUGUUGAACCAGUAGUGGAGUUGACCAGAAGGGGAGUUGAAAGUAACUUAACACUCUCAAAUUUUGUAUGUGAGUAUCUAAAGUUAAUGUCUGUUAUUGAUAAUGAAUAUGUAAUAAAAGAAAGAGAGGUGAGACGUAAAAAAAACAAAAACCAAGUAAUAAAUAGGGAAUUGAAAAGUAUUGAUAGAAAACGGAUAUAUAACAAAUUUAAAAUGCUGAAAGAAUCAUUUAAAGCUGACAAUAAGAAUGACAAUAAGAAACAGUUAAUAAGAGGUCUUAGAAAAAGACUCAGAACUGAAUAUGGAAUAUGGAUACCAGAGCUUUAUCUCAAACAAAUGUUUGAAUACUAUGUAAUAAGUGAUAACCCACUCACAAUCAGUCAAUUUGAAAUAGUUAAUAACGAUGUUUGCGCUCUUAUAUCUAUUAGGGACGAUUACAAGUUACCUACCCAAAAGGUUAUCGCAAUUUAUGAUAAAUUCAUUAAGGGAGAAGAGAUUUUUAAUUUGUUAGAAUUAAAAUUAACUACUCAACAAAAGUCGUCUAUUGAAGAGAAGCUUGGCAGCCUUAAAAGUAGAAGAAAUAAAUCCAUAAAUCUUUCUUCAGACUUUAAUGUGGAAAAUGAUAAAGGUAAAAAAAUUGAUGGGUUAGUGGAUGUAGUAAAAACCACUAGAAACUUGCUUGAGAUGUUAGAUGAUCAUAUUCUAUAUCCUUUUUUAUCUAUGACCAUAGAAGAAAUGUUUAGUGAUGAGAUAUUUUUAGACUAUUUAUUAAAUGAAAAAAUAGAUAUCACUCAGGAUUUUUUAACUAAAUUUCUAAAGGUAGAGUAUAUAACACCUUACGUUAUUGAGUUAAUAAUAGCAAACAAGUUAACACAAGGGGUUAUUACAACUCAAGGAUUUUCUAACAUAAUAGAAAAUUCAAAAAAUAAUAUUCAAAACAUGUACUGUUUAUUUAAAAACCCUAAACAUGUUGCAGAAAUUUUAGGAGCUUUAAGUAAUAAUUCAGGAAAAAUUGAAUUAGUAAAAGAAGCUUUUAGAUUAUUAAAAAAUACAGUUGAUAAGUUGUAUAGUAACGAGGAGUAUGACCUAGUACUUGAACUUUUGGAAGUUGAAGAAGUUGAUUCUAUAAAAAAUGUUUUGCUUAGCAAAGAUAGUUCAGAUUUGGAUGUUUUGCAUGUUCAACGUACUAUGGCACGAGUAAAAAACCAGAAGGGCUGCUAUAAAGAUGCGCUAGAGAUUUUUACCAGCAUACAAGGAAAAAUACAGUAUGUAGAAAAUUUAAAUACAUUGCAUGAUAGUUCUAGAAUGGAAGACAUCGAGCUUAAUAAGCUUUAUUUAUUAGUCUCAAGUGAUAUAGCAUAUACCAAACAUUUGAUGGGUAACUAUGAGGACUCAAAUGAAGAGUACAAAAUUUUAUAUGACAGAGUGAUGAAACUUGCAAUUAACAGUGAUGUAAGUAAAUUGUCGUAUGAGAUUUAUGACAAUAUUUUGAAAUCGGAAAAAUAUCUAAAUAUUUUAGCAUUGGAUUCAAAGUAUCUUAAUAUUUUGAAAAUCAGAAGUGAUAUCGCUUAUGAACUUACAUCUUUAGCUAAUGCGAAACAAAAGUCUUUGCCAAACAAAAGAUUACAAGAUGAAACGAAAUUCAAUGAAGUGUUACAACAUUAUCAAGAUGCACUUAACAUUUAUGAAGAGGUUUAUGAAAUAAAAAGAACUGAUGCAGUAGUUAGUCAAGAUAUUGUGAAGAAUAUACGUGAUAUUGCAUUUGUUAAUAAUAACCUUGCUAGUUUAAAAUCAUCUAAUCACAAAAAUGAGGUAAGGCUAAAUCAAACAUUAAGUCAUUAUAAUAAGGCUUUUGAAAUGUAUGCCAGGGUACUUACAAUUCAAGAAAAAGAGCAAUGGGAAACUCACCCAGCAAAUUCAAGAACUGUGCAAGAUAUUCUGCAUGCUGCACGUAAUAUUGCAUAUACGCAUAAUAAGCUUGGUGAUUUAAAACUAUCAAUAAGCAAUCCAGAGGAAGCACUACGACAUUACAAAGAAGCACUAGUAACUUACGAAGAGGCUCUUGAGAUUCAAAACAACCUAAAACAUGAACAUACUUUAAACACUCUACGUGAUAUCGCACACACAAAUAAUAAUCUUGGCAGAUUAAAAUCACAAGACAAUCCAGUAGAAGCAUUGGAACACUACAAAAAAGCAUCUGAAAUAUAUGAAAAGGUUCUUGAGAUUCAAAACAACAACCUAGAUAAAGAACAUGAACAUACUUUAAACACUCUACGUGAUAUUGCACACACAAAUAAUAACCUUGGUAGAUUAAAAUCACAAGACAAUCCAAUAGAAGCAUUGAAACACUACGAAAAAGCAUCUAAAAUAUAUAAAGAGGUUCUUGAGAUUCAAAUAAGAACACUAGGUGAAGAGCAUGAUAAAACUAAGAAGACUAAAAAAAAACUUGAAGAUACAAAAGCUUGGAUGAAUAAAUAAGCUUGUCUUUUCGAUUCUAAUAUCACCUUGUCUUUCUGAUGUAGAAGUAAUUGGAUUGUUUGGAAAUAAUAUUGGUAGGUAGUUUAGGCUAUGAAAAGAAUAGAGGUAUAAUCUGUCAAAUGGAAGAAAAUUUACAACAGAAUUCAAAGUAGAAGCUAUGAAAUUAGUUGAAAAAUCAGGAAAGCUAAUAGCAAAAAUAGCAAGACAGUUAAAUGUAUAGUUCUUCUCAUAAUAAUCCAAACAAGAUAAAAUAUGGUUUUACAGUAAGCAGAGUUAAGUAUAACAACACACAUAGUUAUGUUUUGUUCGGACUAUUGACUAAGAAGGGCUAUAAACCCUGGUGGAUUAGGCCGGUGGAUA